UUGGCGUGAACGGUCGGUAAAGAAUUGUGGAAAAGACGUACGGUACUCGUCGGUGGUAAAAUAAAAAAAGUGAGUGGUGAUUCAAAAAAAAAAGUACAAAAAAAGAAGAUAAAUGAGGAAGGCCUGGCUCAUCUUAGAUACCACCAUUCAAUUCGACUUUUUGACACAAUCCCUCGUAUAAAGUGCUUUUUAAUAUUUGAAAGAAGCCUUUAGUUACUUGCACACGACUUUCUGCUAUUUUCUUUAAAAUCAAAUUUCUUAGUAUGUAGAGCGAAUGUAAUGUUUAAUUAAAAAAAUGGUUAUAAUGUAAUUUUGUAAAAAUGUCCGAAUGAGGUGGUUCAAUCCUACCAACCACACAAAAAGGAAAAACAAUUAACGAAUAUUGGAAGGGCAGCCGGCGGCGAAAAGGUGGUUUAUUCUUGAACGCAGCGUUUUCCCUCCAUACCAAUUGAAGAACUCAAACUGUUUUGUGGAUGUAUUUUAUUUGGAAGGGGGCCCGAUAACACAAAUACGGAAGGUCUAAGGAGUGCUUUAGCCCGUCUACGCAAUAGAACGGGCCCCUCAAUUCCACAACCAUCUCCACCUACCUCACCUCAUCCCUCCUCCGUAGUUGUCAGCUGUGGACGUGAGCUGACCACAACAGGAAGGAAGACACCCACUAACACAACCUACUCAACAAACAGCAAUGGAUCAACUCGAGAUAUUGAUAAGAUCGCAAUUAGUACAGCGGCUUCAGAUGUAUCAAUUCAGCAAUUACCGAUAACAUCCAGCCACAACGGGAAAGAUGCCGGCCCUUCCGAUAGUACCUCCCCCACCCAUUUCCAGACUCUAACUUAUGCCACACAAACGAAAACCGUAGCUACGAAAAGAACCACUUCGAAAAAUAGCCUUCCCACUUCGUACACCAGUACUCGUUCAGCAGCAGUAAUGGCUUUGGCAUUACGCAACCAGGCCCCGUCCAGUCCGGGAACGGUCCACAAGAAUACCAGGAACGGUCGACCCUCGCCCCCUCCAACUAGUUCCGUCGAGUCGACGUUCUCCAACCAGCAGAUUCCACCCGCUGUCUCGCAGCCAGGUGAGAUCAGGGGACCAGCCGCGAGACCGAAUGGUAUCGCUGACAUAUACUCGGGCGGCUCAAGCAGCUCGGACAACGAUGGUGUAAAUAAUUCCACUUCCUCGUCGGCCACCGCCUUGCGUCGUUUGUACUUCAAAACCGGCCGCAACACUAAAACGAAAACCAAUGCAAAAUCUUCCAUGUCCAUGACCAAAUUAGCAAAAACUCCGGUUUGUAAUACGGCCAUUCUAUACAAUGCUUCGGUGGAGGGGGCUCCUCAUUCUGGUGGCAAAAACGCGGCCAAUAGCAAAUCUGUUCCCAAGGUUGUUGUAAUGGGGUCGUCCACUGCCUCGACGACAGAUGCUAUCAUUAACACUUCAACUGAUUCGGCGUCGACAAUGGUUACCAAUGUCACUCAUACCGACACAUCCGAGACCUGCGAUUCUUUAGAUUUAGGUGAUAAUUCUGGACAAAGCGAGCCUAUUUUCAGUUCCUUGGAAGAACCUCUGCUCACCGCAAUCCAAGUUGACUCCGAGCAAGAGGUUACCGAGUUCGAAUUGACAAGUUGCUCAUCGUACUCCCGGCCUGAUGUAAACCUUCAAGACAGCACUGAGGAGAGUCAGGAGUCAUGCCUUUCAAUACUGACGAACGAGCCUACGUCAACCACACCGCUGUUAUCGUCCUGCAGGAAGUAUGCGGCGUCUUCUUCGAGUGCCGCAAACACGGAUAAAGAACGAUUGCCCAGUACGGCGCCGGCUCCAUCAAGCGGUGGCAAACACUUCACAUUCGAUCAACCGCAAUCGCCGAAAUCCGCCCGUUGUAGUGACAAGUCACGUACUUGCUUCAUAUUCAAGGAGGAGGGGGGCGCCAGCAUCCUUUCAUCGCAACAGCAACAAAGGAAAUUCUCACAAAGGCAUGGCAAGCAUGAGGGCGACAAAAGGCAAGCGACGGCAGCAGCGGCAGCUUCAAUAUGCGCUGAUGAUCCCAAUGGAAAGUGUGAACAACAACACACUGGCGAAACGCAAAAAUACGCCGGUCAUUUUCAUGGGGAGCGCUCAAAUUUCAGUGAUAUGAGAAAGACUCGAAAUGAGGGCAAUGCAAAGGAACGCAACCGCUAUUCGAUGGGAGCCACCAUCGGCACCCAAAGAACGAGUCCCAAACGUGAACAUCGACGUUCCCCAUCAAUGGCAACAUCAAAAGUCAAUUCCGCUCCGCCCACCAUUAAGGAUAGCAACUUCUUCGACAAUGCCUAUAUCUCGACUCGCCACACCAACAAGCAGCUCUCGCCCACCUCGGGCCAGCGCAAGUACUCGUCUAGCUCCUCAUCGGGAGGCAGUGAGCGUUACAAGGAGGGUAUAUUGUUCCCCUUCGACAGGGAGGCGCUGGAUUAUGAGCGCAUACAACGCGAAUGCUUUGCCGUAAAUGAGAACUCGAGUUCAUCGACCACCACCAGCGAUACGGACGAAGCCGAAAACUGUUCCGUCUACGAGAGACCGAAAUGUGAUGCCUCCAAUCCUACUGAUUUUUACCAGCAAUACACCCUGCUCUCACAGACGGAGCAACAACAGCAGAAGCAGCACUCGCGAAAGAAUUCGAAACGCUUGCGUUCCGACUCUUUGGUCCAAAAGUAUGUACCUAAAUCGGACGCAUUUUGUCCGAAGUCCAUCAGUAGCUCGCCCACCACCACCCACUAUUCCCCCAACUCCCACGUUGAGCUGAGAAAGUUCGAGGACAUUGCCUCCAAGUUCGAACAAAUGGCGCCCAACCAUGGUUCCAUCGUUAACCUCGCAAUAAAACCCCCCAGUCCAAAUGCCACCACAGCCUCCAGCAACCACUCCCUGAACAGUUCCAUUUUGAAAAACAGCCAUUACAGUAGCAAUAAUAACAUUAACAACAAUAACAAUACCCAUGAAAGCAUAUCACCGGUCACCAGCAGCAGUCCCUGCAAUUCACGCAGCACCACUCCACCACUGCCCAAUGUGCGUGUGGACUUCUUCAUGGAGAAAUUGUCAACAAUGCAUUCGCGCAAGAAAUCGUUCAAAAAUAAAUCAAAUGUCGCCAUCCCAGCCAUUGAGGAAAUCGAAAGUGCUGCCGGAAUAGCAGGAGCACACGACUACUUGGACGACUGCCAGUAUGGAGGAGCUGCGCUAAUUAACGCAGCGGCUAUUUCGGGUGGUGGCCCUAUAAAUGUGACGCCCAAUCCAAUGGAAGUGACUGCAGUAUGUUCACAACCUCCACCGCCGCCGCGGGCAACCAUUGUCGUCCAACAACCGUCCCUUAGCUUAGACAGUACCAUCGAAACGUUAUUGAUUAAAAGUGAGAAUGAUUUCAUUAGUGUUGAGCAAGAUAAGGAUCCACAAACGUCCUCGUUGUCGGUGCGUAAGCGUAAUUCGCAGCAGUUGAACCAAGCGCCAACCAUUACCCAACUCUAUCAGCAGAAGCGUGAUGACAAUAUCAGACAAUUGUUAGAUGUUACAAAUACAUUGACCUUUGAGGAAUUGAGAGAUUUUGAAAUGAGAUAUGGCUCGCCCCAUCACAGUCGAUCACAGUCAGUGAAGACUCCUGGUAGUCGUGCCUCGGGAAGACCAAAUCAACUGUGUUUGCCACAACAACGUUCCAGAGUGGCGUCAAUGCCAAACACUGGCGUUGAAGAAGAAUACUACAGGUUGAGACAUUUCUCCAUAACAGGGAAAGGCGUCAUAAAUCGUGGUGAUUCAUUAAAGAGUCGUCGCAGUAAAUCAAAUAACAGUGUGGCAAGUUCAAAUUCCAGUAAUGAACAUUUAACCGCGCCUCAAGCACCGCAGGCUACUCGUAGCUCCGCAAAUCACAGUUUGGCUUCAAGUCGCGAGAGCAGCACAUCAAAUCCCGGCAACGGGCCAUACAGAGUGCUCAUGAUGGGAGCUCCCGCUGUGGGCAAAAGUUCAUUGGUUUCUCAAUUCAUGACAUCGGAAUAUCUGCAUGCCUAUGACACCAGCAUUGGCAAUUGUAACAUUCAAAUACAUAUCGAAAGACCCGCUGACGACGAUGAUUCCGGGGAAAAAUCAGUAUCAGUAUUAUUAAGUGGUGAGGAAUCGGAGCUAAUAUUCAUCGAUCAUCCCUAUGCUGAAAUGACGCCGGAUGAUUGCUUGACCUGCUAUGAUCCUCACGGUUAUUGUGUUAUAUACUCAGCAUCGGAUCGAGAAAGUUUCAGCGUAGCCGAACAUAUAUUACAAGUUCUAUGGACCAACCAAAAUAUUGCCCAAAAAGCAGUGAUAUUAGUGGCAAAUAAGGCGGACUUGGCUAGAAGUCGUUCAAUAAGUGCUGAUGAGGGAAAAGCAAUGGCAACCGCCUAUGAUUGCAAAUUUAUCGAGACCUCGGUGGGAAUUAAUCACAACGUAGACGAAUUGCUGGUCGGUUUAUUGUCACAAAUUCGUUUGAAAUUGGAGAAUCCGGAAAAAUCAAGAGACAUGUUCCGGAAACGUUCUAUCAGAAAAUCAAAACGACGCGCAUGCUCUCCUUUAAGUGGAGCUUGUUUAACCGGCAAUGUUAAUGCAAAUACACCCCUGGGACCCAUGGCUAACAUCAUAUCCGAAGCAAAUACUCCACCUGGAAGUGCACACAGCAGCCCAAGGAAGUAUCGCGGAUCCCGCACCUCCACCAGUCUAAAAGUAAAAGGUCUUUUGGGACGAGUAUGGGCAAGAGAUUCCAAAUCGAAAAGCUGUGAAAAUUUGCAUGUUUUGUAAAACACAUAGAAACACCAAGCCAGCAGAAGAAUAUGCAUUAAUGACAAAACAUCGUUUAAAUUUAUAAAAAAAAAUCGGUAGAAAUAGAUAAAUGUGUAAGUAGGUAUACAUUACACACGUAACAAUACCACAAUGCAUACAUAUUUUGAAAAAAAAUUAAUACACUUUAGGCAGUAUUGAAAUUACAUAUUCAAUGCAAGGGGUCUCACAUCAUUUAUUAAGAGUUGUAUGUACGCUUCAGCCAUAAGUAUAUUCACAAAGCAUUUUUAGUUUCGAACUUAAGGCGCUAUUACACGGCAUGUAGAUGUCUUAUGACAUGUCACUUUUUGUAUUCACAUGUAAUUGAAAAUGUUUGUCAAAACUGUCAAUUUACAUACGACUCAUCAUGUUUGCUAUCACACCUGUAUGAUAUUUUCGUAUGACAUAACCUAAAAAUUGGAGCAAAAGCUGAUUUUUUUAGGCUUAAAAAUUGUUAAAGUUGUGAGAAAGCUGUUUAAAUCAUAAAUUUUAUGAAAACAAUUUAAUUUAGGGUUACUUUUAUUCGACUGAUAACUAAAACAGCUGAUUUCUUUAGAGCACGCUCUAAUCGAAAAAAUUUACAUGUGCUAUUUUGAAAAGUGAUUUUCAUAUAAAUUUGUGAAAACAAUUUAAUGUAGGGUUACUGUUAUUCGACUGAUAACAAAAAAAGCGAUUUUCUUUAGAGCACGCUCUUAUCGAAAAAAUUUACAUGUACUAUUUAUUUUGAAAAGUGAUUUUCAUAUAAAUUUGUGAAAACAAUUUAAUGUAGGGUUACUUUUAUUCGACUGAUAACAAAAAAAGCGAUUUUCUUUAGAGCACGCUCUAAUCGAAAAAAUUUACAUGUACUAUUUAUUUUGAAAAGUGAUUUUCAUAUGUUAGUUUCGUUUGUAUCACACGAUACGUACAUCUCAACAUGUGCUAAAUUUGACAUGUCAUAAGACAACUGCAUGCCGUGUAAUAGAGCCUUUACAUGUCAGUAACCAUGCUAGAGGGCAAUCUCUCGUUAGAGUUGUUGUUUAAGGAGUAAAAUAGCUGAAUUGUAUCAAACGAGCUGACUGGGAAUUUGGCCAAUGGUUUAGGUUUUGAGGAAAACCACUAAACUUUAUUAAAUGUCCUUAUGGCCUUCCUGUAAAGUGUAAGUGUAAGAAAAUCGUUUUCCAUUAUGAUCUCAUGCUUGGUAUCAAACGAAGCUUCAAUUGAGACCCCUUGUGACUUCGAAUAGUUUUUGUUUUUGUAUAAACAUAAUUUGUGUUAUUAUUUUUUAUAGAACUUUAUAUGUUAUAUUCUAAGGCAAAUACUCUCGCUGAUUAAAAUCAGAUUUUUUACCAUCUGCCAUUUUGAAAAUCGUAAAAAGGUUAGCAAAAAAAUUAACAACAUUUUACUCCAAAUGACGAUUUGUCCUAGUACAUCCGGCCUUAACACUUAAUUUACCAGUGUAUAAAAAUGGUUACUAACGUUUAAUUAAGUCGGGAAAUCAUCCUUAAAAUGGGUCCACAUCUACAUACUCGAACAUACAUAAUAGGCACUAGGCACUAGGAAAUACACACACACAUGGAUACAAACACUGCAACACUUGCAAAUUGUCAAUGAAUAAACAGAGAGAAUACCAUUUAUCGCAUUAUUUUACUACUUGUACCCAUAGGUGUUUCCAAUGAAAAUUGAUUCAAUGAAUAUUACAACAAAUUUCCCCCUCCUUCCCAUAAAUGUUAUUCUCAAAUCUGAUUGUUGUAUAUGCAAGUUUUUAAUAAAAAAAAACACACAAUUGUCCCAUUAUAAGCGAAAAAUCUAUUUGUAUCUAUACAAAAAAAAACACAAGAAGCGAAAUGCUAAAUACAAAAACAUAUGAAAAAGACAUUGAUGGAAUCGUCAAGAAAAACACAUAUUUCUUAAAUACUUAACUCCUAGCAAGUAUUGUACUCUCGAUAUUUCCCUAAACUAUAAGCAAUAUUAGAAAACGCAUACACAACACAAAAAAAAACAAAAAAAUACAUUUGAAUUCCACAAUAUAAUUGUUGUUAGACUUUUUUAACGCAACCAUUAUUAGGUGUUAUUAAGUGUUGCCAGUUGCAAAUGAGUUGUUUCUCAAUCCAAUUCCAAAUUUGAUACAUUGAAAUUAUUUUACAAUUGGCUAUUCAUAUAUCUUCCGAAACUCCUCCCAGAAAUCCCACAUUUACGCAAUUAUAUUUAAGCAUUUAUAUGGUACGUGCGUACGCGCAUAUGUGCGUAUGUAUACUUACAAGUAAAGUAUGUAUUACGACAAUUAUUAUUGUUAUUAUUUGUACGUUAGCCCUAAUUUUUUAAGGUUAAUUAUUGUUAGAAUUAUUUUAGGAUUUUUUAUUAAAUUAAACCAAAAAAAAAAACAAAACAUAAUUGCAAACUACAUUAUUUAUGCAGCAACCGUUAGUACUUGACAUGCUUUUCAUGCUAUUGUACCUGGUGAAAAUUGCACACGAAGGAGCAAGGUAUUGUUAGCAAAAAAAAAACCGCGGACAUUCUUACAUAUUUCCCUUCAUAGUUGACAUAUUUUCUAAGGUAAACGCAUCUACGUCUAAUUUCAAUGGAAACGUCGAAGUGUGCAGCCGUUACAGAUUUUAUGAUUCCCACAGCAAACUAAACAAAUAUUUUUCGAAAGCAUCUGCUAUUCUCAUAGCAUGAAACAGUCAACGCUGGCGAGUAUGGUCACAAUCGAACAAUAUUUGGAUAUAGCUAUACCAAUCUCCCGAUUUGUUGUCUAGGGCCCAUAAAAUGCGCAUUUAUCUCCCGGUUUCGCUGAAAUCUACUACAGUGAGUUGGGUUAAAAACCCUUAUAUACGUACCAAAUUUGGUCAAGAUCGAACGAGUUUUAGAUAUAGCUGUCUGAUCUCCCUAUAAAAACGCAUUUAUUACCAGAUUUCGCUGAAACUUUACACAAUGAGGUAAGUUGGGCACCUCGAAAUCUCUGCUCAAUAUGAUCCACAACGGUCUCUUUUAAGAUAUAGCUGCCAUAUAUACCGAUUCCCAAUUUAAGGGUUUAGGACCAUAAAAGGCACUUAAACAGUCAACGCUGGCGAAUAUGUCAUAAAGUUAAUGUUUUCUAUGAAAAGCAUAAUAGUAAGUUAGGUAAGAUAGAUAUUCGACUUCGACUUCUGCUAAUUCAAAUUUUCUUACUUCAUCACGAUUGGAUAGGGGAAAAUUAUUCGUUAGCCAUAAACGAACUUUUCGAUAAGUUAACAUCUUUUAAAAUACAAAGGAUUGAUAUUGUUUGAUAUUGAGAUGUUGAAAUUUAUGUUUGUUCCAACCUGGGGCCAUUUGGUGUGAGUAUUUUUGCAUAUUCGAGCAUUUGAUUUAAAGUAAAAUUUGAAAAAUUGUUAUAUUCCUCACACGAUCGCGAACACCUCAAACUGAGCUUCACCCAAUGGAAAAAAUCCAAAAUGGCACUCCCAAUAAAAAAAAACUAAAAAUUAGUCUCUUUUUCAGCUACACUCUCUACCAAAUGAAAGAGAACCAAGAUGUCAUGUAUUCAAAAGAAUCAUCUUUUCGUGUAACAAACUCUCUUUUGCUGUAUACAAAGCAAAAUUGCAAAUUUUGCCCAUGAACAUUCCACUAAGGAGAGUGCAGUCCGAUUCAAGUUAAAGCUCAAUGACAAGGAGCCUCCUUUUUAUAGCCGAGUCCGAACGGCGUGCCGCAGUGCGACACCUCUUUGGAGAGAAGUCUUACAUGGCAUAGUACCUCACAAAUGUGGCCAGCAUUAGGAGGGAAAACCACCGCUGAAAAUUUUUUUUGAUGUUUUCGCCAGGAUUCGAACCCUGGCGUUUAGCGUCAUAGGCGGACAUGCUAACCUCUGCGCUACGGUGGCCUCCGUGGCUGUAUACAAAGCACUUUGGCUUAAAAGAAGUUUUGCAUUUUUGCAUAAAAGAGCCAUACUGUAAGCUAUGUUAAGCCGCUGAAGGUCACCGUAGAGCAGAGGUGACGCUAAACGCCUGGGCUAUAAAAAGGAGGCACCUUUAUGAUAAAAUUGCAUGAAUAUGUGAAGAAUUUAAGGGAUGAGCGUUUCUUCAUGGCGCAAAAUAUUGUCAAACAAUGUAUACACUGUAGAAAUUCUGUUGCCUCCAGCCUGGGCCCGUUUGGUGUCAUGUAUUUGGUUUGUAGUAUUGUAAAUGCGAGCAUUUUUUUCACUUAAAGUAAAAUUUGAAAAAUUUAUCAUUUCAAAGUUUACAUUCGUACCCGAUCGGGAACCUCCCAAUACUUAGUGCUGCAUGUCUGAGCUUUCCCAAAUGAAAACAACAAAAAAUUUUUUUUUUACGCUCUCUUCACUACACUCUCUGCCAAGUGGAAGAGACACAAGAUGCACACCAAAAGAAUUAUCUUUUCAUGUAACUAAGUGUCUUUUGCUGUAAACGACGAAUUUUACAUCAAAAUGUAGCAAAUUCACGACUAACAUUCAGCAGAGAAGAAAAAUGUUGCAGUUAGUAUUAAAAUAGUAAAUAAAACAGAGUGGAUUGCCGCAAAGAUAUUCCAAACGUUUUAUUUUUUUGCGUGUACACAUCCUUUCCUAAGAUGAUACAGGGGAUACAUGUAAUUGCUAUAUAUGUACGGUCUUAAACCCACAUAAGGAUCAUUUAUUUCCCAAUUUCGUUCAAAUAAAGAAUCCCGAGUAAAAAAAAGUUGGUAUAAUAUCUGGCGUCAUAUAAAAUUCAAUCCGCAAAAUGGCCUAGAUCUAAUUUGAUACAAUUUUAUCUCAAAUUUGGCCAGAUACAAUCUGAUCCAAUUGCACAUCACAUUAUCUAAUUGGAUCAGUUAUAACGGCCGGUAUCUCACGAAUAAAUGCUUCAAUGUUGUCUUCCAAUGUGUUUAUUGAAGCCGUCUUGUCUUUAUAGACAUGAACAUAGCCCCACAAAAAAAUAGUCUAUAGGCGUUAAAUCGCACGAUCUAGGCGGUCAAUUGACCUGUCCCGAACGUGAAAUAUUCCAAAAUUUUAUUACAAAGACAGCAGAAAAUGCUACUGAACACUGCAAGGGUUUACAGAAUUUCUCUUACGAAAACUUGCAAAGCCACUUUUGUUGACUUUUUAAAAUUGUGUAAAAUUAUUGAUUUUUGACUAGUCAAUUUUUUCCCAAAAAAAAUUUAAUUGUCUUUAUCGAAUGAAAAUAAAAACAUUUUAGAAAUUCUCUUAAAUGUAUAAAAUGAUAAAAUAUAAUAUAAAAAGAUACAUAGUUUUAGAAAUAUGUACUCCAUAUUUCUCACUUCCAUGCAACCGUUUGCUGAGCUCACUCACGAACGAAAUAGGCCAUGGCAACAAAUUACGCUUGACAGCAUCCUGUUUUGUUUUUGAUUUGCCUGAGAUGAUUGAGACCUACCUGUCGCUGUUAAAAAUGUCAUGUCGCUCUAGCGCUUGGCUGCAUGUAUUAAUGAGUAUGCUGGCAAAUUUUGUGAAAAAUUAAAUUCCUCUGUUAUUUCAAUGCUCUUUGAGCAUAAUAAAGCGGAUUAUGCUCUCAAAAUUUGACAGCAAAUGUCAAGCUUAUAGGUGCGCGGUACUUAUUUCUUUUCUUCACAGCAACCAGCGCUGCCGAAAAACAUUAAAAAUAAUUUCGUGGAUAGUUCGGCUUGAGGUCAUGUACAAUUAGUAAAAACAGAUUUUAUAUAUUUUUUAAAAUAAAUAUUUUAAAAUAAAACCAUUAAUAAAAAACACCGACAUCUGUUUUGAAUAAUUGUACAUGACCUCAAGCCGAACUAUCCGCGAAAUUAUAAUCAAAAAAAAUUCAACAAUACUCAAUAUAAUAAAAAUUAAAAAUGUCAAAUUUACAGCAAAAAAGAAAAGAAAGAAGAUUGGAAGCCAAGACUGCCGAAACAUGAAACGGAAAUGGCACGCAAUUGAGAGCAGAAUUCUGCUUGCGGCAUGUUCUCAAAUAAUUUUCAUUUAUCUAUAUUCACAAGCGCCACCAACCAGUCUAUGCGCGAAUUUAAAAUUCUUUAUCUUUAUAUAAUUUAUCAAUGAGCACAAUUUAUUUCGAAACUAAGGGGAAUUAACAUAUACAUAAGCAUGGCAUUAAAUUAAAAUUAGAAAAACUUGUUGAAAUCCCGAAUAGCAUGUUCUUUAUAUCAUGAAAAUGAAAGGUACUGUCAGGGUAAACAAAAUUUUUGUAAAAAAAUAUUUUUGUCACAAACUCUUGCAAUAAUUUAUCGCAAAAAACAUGUUCUUUUAUAGUAAACACAGUCCAACGUUUUUCAAAAAAAAAAUUUCAGAUGAGUAUUACAACAUUUCAUACCGAAUUUCAGGCAAAUCCGUUGCAAUAAGUGCAAAUCGGGUGAAUUAUAUGUAUGGGAGCUAUAUCUAUCUAAAUCUGAAACGAUUUUGAUCAAAAUUAAUAUCGCCUGUCUUUAGGCUAAAAAAGUGACAUAUGAUGAUUGGAUAACAAAUGCAAGCUCCACCUUACUUACAAAAAAACGACAGACAGACUAUCAGCAAAGAAAGGUUAUGCGGACAGACGGACAUGGCUAGGCCGAAUCAGCAGGGAUUUGGGUUGCCCAAAAAGUAAUUGCGGAUUUUUUAAAAGAAAGUAAAUUCAUUUUUCAUAAAACUUAGAAUGAACUUUAAUCAAAUAUACUUUUUUCACACUUUUUUUCUAAAGCAAGCUAAAAGUAACAGCUGAUAACUGACAGAAGAAAGAAUGCAAUUACAGAGUCACAAGCUGUGAAAAAAUUUGUCAACGCCGACUAUAUGAAAAAUUACGUUUUGGGCAACCCAAUAUAAAGUAACCUCCACUUUGCAUUUAGAAUUCGUCUGAAGUGGACGCUUCGGGAUUCGGUGCAUAGUCAUCGUUAUACUCAGUACAGUUAUAACUGUACAUUGUUUUUAAA